AUGGAGCACCCAAUUGAGAGGGUUUUUAGCACCUACCACGAGGGCUACAGUUUCGGCAACAAGGGACUCCAGUAUGACUCUGUGGCCAAUACAGUGAACCACAUUGGGGCUUUCGAUGGUCUUUGCCUGGAUAUCAAGGUCCCCAAGAUUCGGCCUAUGAGGGAGCUUUUAGUCAAGGCCGGCGGAACCAAGAUCAAGAAUUGCGAAAAAGUACCAUUAGCCAGAUGA